GUGGAUAGGCAUGUGGACCUGCUGGAAGUUGCCCAGGAAACUGAUGGGUUUUCAGGAAGUGACCUAAAGGAGAUGUGUCGAGAUGCUGCCCUCCUCUGUGUCAGGGAAUAUGUUAAUUCUACAUCAGAAGAAAGCCAUUAUGAAGAUGAAAUUCGACCUGUGCAACAACAGGACCUGCAUCGGGCAAUUGAAAAGAUGAAGAAAUCAAAGGAUGCAGCAUUUCAGAAUGUUUUAACUCACGUUUGUUUAGAUUGA